AUGCAUUCCACUGCUGUUCUGCGGAAUGCUUCUCGCACCCCCCUAAUCAAAUUCAUCGGAAAGCGCACAGUACCAGCCUCCAUCGAUCACACCCCAAAAGUCCACCCCGCCUCGCCCACCUCUACUCUCCCUGACUCCUUCGCUACCUACCGAGCGAAGGCCCAACAGCAUGGCCCCUUGAACAGCCCCGGCCGUGCCUCUUCCCUUUCGUACGGUGUCAUUGGCGGUGCAAGCGGUGCCUCUCUUGGCUCCAUCCAGCCCAAGCAGGGCCAAUUCUUUGACCGCGACGAGCUCCCCGCUCGUUUCCACCGCCUGCCAUGGAGCGAGGUUGAAAUGGAGGCCAUCGAGACCGGUGGAGCUAGCCUGUUCAACUAA